UGCAGUCAGAUGUCUUAUGCUGGCAGGCACUGGGCAGGCAAUGAGUUCUUUCCCUGUAAGUUGGGCACAAAAAGAUCGGCAUGGGAGCAGCCUCCUUUGGGACAGCUGCUCUGACAGAGUGCAGUAAGCAAGGAGCAGGCAGAAAAUCCUCUGAGCAGAGGGUGGCUCAUGGGAGGAGUCAGUUCAGUUUGCUAAGUAUUGGCACUUGCUGAGUGAAGGUGUGUACUCAAGAAGGAGUUUUAACCUGGAGAAUCAUUAACUCUUUCAGUCAGCUGGUGUCGCUGCCAGUGGCUCUGCAAGUUCGUCUUGGGAGAGUCUGCUCUGGGAAGGUCAGGGAGGAGGCGUGGAGUCACUUUUUCAUGGGGAACCACUUUGAGAAGGGCCAACAUGCUUUGCUCAAUGAAGGAGAAGAGAAUGAGAUGGAGAUAUUUGGAUACCAGACUCACAGCUGCCGGAAAACCCUCUGCCUUGCUGCAUCUAUCUUCUCAUUUGGGAUCCUCCCCUUGGUGUUUUAUUGGAGACCUGCCUGGCACGUGUGGGCAAACUGCAUCCCAUGUUCGUUGCAAGAAGCAGACGUUGUGUUGCUGAGGACAACAGGUGAAUUUCAAACCUACUCUUGGAAAAAGGUAGUGUGGAUCUACCUGUCAGCACUAAACAGCGCAUUUCAUCUCACUCCUGACCACCCUCUCAUUGCAGAUGAGGAGUAUAUCAUAAAUAGAGCCAUAAGAAAGCCAGACCUAAAGGUGAGAUGCAUAAAAGUGCAGAAAAUAAGAUAUGUUUGGGACAACUUAGAAGGACAUUUUCAAAAAAUUGGCUCUUUGGAAAACUGGCUCAGUUCUGCCAAGAUACAUCUAAAAUUUGGAUCAGGUUUAACAACAGAAGAACAAGAGAUUAGGAGGUUAAUAUGUGGGCCUAAUACUAUUGAUGUUGAAAUCACACCAAUUUGGAAACUGCUCGUCAAGGAGGUUUUAAAUCCAUUUUACAUAUUUCAACUCUUCAGUGUCUGUUUGUGGUUUAGUGAAGACUACACGGAAUAUGCUUGUGCCAUCAUACUUAUGUCCAUCAUUUCCAUAGCCUUGACGGUAUAUGAUCUUAGAGAGCAAUCUGUAAAACUCCACCGUCUAGUUGAGUCACAUAAUAGCAUUACAGUCUCUGUAUGUGAGAGAAAAGCUGGAGUCAAAGAGCUGGAAUCAUGCCUCCUGGUCCCUGGAGAUCUAUUAAUUCUGACAGGGAACAAAGUGCAAAUGCCGUGUGAUGCGGUUCUGAUUGAUGGCAGCUGUGUGGUAAAUGAAGGCAUGCUGACAGGAGAAAGUAUUCCAGUCACUAAGACUCCCUUACCCAGGAUGGAUAGCUCUGCACCCUGGAAAACGCAGAGUGAAGCAGACUACAAACGGCACGUCCUGUUCUGUGGAACAGAGGUUAUCCAGGCCAAGGGGGCAUGCUCCGGGACCGUGAGAGCAGUGGUACUGCAGACCGGAUUCAACACUGCAAAGGGGGACCUUGUGAGAUCCAUUCUGUACCCCAAGCCGAUGAAUUUUAAGCUCUACAGGGAUGCCAUCAGGUUCCUCCUGUGCCUCGUGGGGACUGCCACCAUUGGGAUGAUCUAUACUCUGUGUGUCUACGUGCUCAGCGGGGAAUCCGCCAAAGAGGUGGUGAAGAAAGCCCUGGAUGUCAUCACAAUUGCAGUUCCUCCUGCUCUACCCGCUGCCCUGACCACAGGCAUUAUCUAUGCCCAGAAGAGGCUAAAGAAGAGAGGCAUCUUUUGCAUCAGUCCCCAGAGGAUCAAUGUAUGCGGGCAAUUAAACCUUGUCUGCUUUGACAAGACAGGCACCUUAACAAGGGAGGGCAUGGAUCUCUGGGGAGUCGUGCCCUGCGAUAAGAACGGCUUCCAGGAAGUCCACAGCUUUGCCACGGGCAGGGCUUUGCCGUGGGGCCCACUUUGCGCAGCCAUGGCCAGCUGCCACUCUCUGGUUCUUCUCAAUGAGACCAUCCAGGGAGACCCUCUGGACCUCAAAAUGUUUGAAGCCACCACCUGGGAAAUGGCUGUUUCUGGGGACAAUUUUCACAUCAAGGGAGUGCCGGCACAUGCCACGGUAGUUAAGCCCUGCAAAACAGCCAGCCAGGUCCCAGUGGAAGGAAUAGCAAUCCUGCAUCAGUUCCCAUUCUCAUCGUCGCUGCAGAGGAUGACAGUCAUUGUCCAGGAGAUGGGGGGUGACCGGCUGGCGUUCAUGAAAGGUGCACCAGAGAAGGUGGCCAGCUUUUGCCAACCUGAAACAGUACCAACUGGUUUUGCCAGUGAACUUCAGAUUUACACGACACAGGGCUUCCGGGUCAUAGCGCUGGCCUACAAAAAGCUGGAAAUGGACCACCACACCACUGCCUUGAUGAGGGACAAGGUAGAAUCAGACCUUGUGUUUCUGGGAUUGCUGAUCUUGGAGAAUCGAUUGAAGAAAGAGACAAAACCUGUGCUGGAGGAGCUCAUCUCAGCCCGGAUAAGGACGGUAAUGAUCACAGGUGACAAUCUUCAGACUGCAGUAACAGUGGCCAGAAAGUCUGGAAUGGUUUCUGAAGGCCAGAAAGUCAUUCUUGUUGAAGCAAAUGAAGGUUCUGCAUCCUCAUCAGCAUCUAUAUCUUGGAAAUUAGCAGAAGAGAAGAAACACAUUCUAUAUGGGAAUCAGGACAAUUACAUUAACAUCAGGGAAGAAGUCUGUGAUAACAGCAGAGAAGGAAGUUACCAUUUUGCCCUAAGUGGAAAAUCCCUUCAGGUCAUAAGUCAACAUUUCAGCAGCCUACUGCCAAAGAUACUGAUGAAUGGGACCAUCUUUGCAAGAAUGUCUCCUGGGCAGAAAUCCAGUCUGGUGGAAGAAUUUCAGAAACUGGAUUACUUUGUAGGCAUGUGCGGGGAUGGAGCCAAUGACUGUGGGGCCUUGAAAAUGGCUCAUGUGGGCAUCUCUUUAUCAGAGCAGGAGGCAUCUGUGGCCUCGCCUUUUACUUCCAAAACUCCAAACAUUGAGUGUGUGCCUCACCUCAUCAAGGAAGGACGCGCAGCUCUCGUGACCUCAUUUUGCAUGUUUAAGUACAUGGCCCUGUACAGCAUGACUCAGUAUGUUGGUGUUCUGCUGCUCUACUGGGAGACGAACAGCCUAUCAAAUUACCAGUUUCUGUUCCAGGAUCUGGCCAUUACAACUCUUAUUGGUGUAACAAUGAAUUUGAAUGGUGCCUACCCUAAGCUGGUGCCUUUCAGGCCUGCAGGACGGCUGAUCUCCCCACCUUUGCUGCUCUCUGUGAUUUUCAACAUCGCUCUUAGCCUGGCCAUGCACAUUGUGGGCUUCCUUCUGGUUCAGAGGCAGCCUUGGUAUCACAUGGAGAUGCACAGUAACCACACAAUGCAAAGUGAAAGCACCUCGCAGUUAACCACCCCUCACACUGUCCCAGAUGAAGUUGAAAUUGAUGGUGCCUUUCCAAGUUUUGAGAACACUACUAUCUGGUUCUUGGGAACAAUCAACUGUAUUAUUAUGGCUCUUAUCUUCUCUAAAGGAAAACCAUUUAGGCAGCCAACUUACAAAAACUAUAUAUUUGUCCUUGUACUGAUCAUACAGCUGGCUGUGUGUCUAUUCAUUCUAUUUGCUGAUGUUCCAGAUUUAUAUAGGCGUUUGGAUCUGCUCCGCACUCCUGUUCUGUGGAGGGUCUACAUCGUCAUUAUGCUCAGCUGCAAUUUCAUUGUGUCCCUUGUUGUGGAGGAGGUCAUCAUUGAAAACCGAGCCCUGUGGAUAAUAAUCAAAAGGUGUUUUGGCUAUCGAUCAAAAAGCCAGUAUCAGAUAUGGCACAGGGCCUUGGCAAAUGACCCCAGUUGGCCCCCACUCAACCAGAUGUCCCACCCUGACCUGCCGGGGUGCGGCAGGGGGGUGUCCUACAGCAAUCCCGUGUUUGAGAGCAACGAGGAGCAGCUCUGAAAGCAAUGGGACAUCCAAGUGGAUAAAACAUAGAAAAAUUGACAAAAGGGAACAGUUUCAGUGAUGUAUUUUUUUUAAGCAAUGAGACUCUUAAAGUACCAGCAAGGAUUUUUGGAAUCAAAAACUUAUUCAGUCACAAUGGCAAAGUCUGUUUGAUAAAAUGCUUUCCGCAGAGCAGAACACGGCCCCGGGAGAACGCUUUCCUCUUGACCUCUGAAAGCGUGAGAGGUGUUCAGUGAACCAAGACUGGGCCAAGGAUGGCAGUGGGCCAAGAGACUGGGAAGGCUAAAGGAGAAGACGGACUCUUUCUUCUUAGGUAACAUGUUUUUUAAAUGAGUUGAGGGAAAGUAGUGCUAUGGCUAGCCAUAGAAUUGUAACAUGCUAGAGAUUGUUUUUGAACUGUUAUGUCAUUGAUAGAAAAAUGAAGGCAUGGGAACCCUCACACUAAUCUUCACUGUCAGGUUUAUUUUCCUUUGUAGUACUUCUCAGAGUUGAGACGGUUUCUGCCACUUCUGGCCUUCCCCUACAAAUUAGUCAGGAUACCCUAAGCUGAUGCUGCAGUAACAAACAACUCCCAUAUGUCAGUGGCUUAACACACAAGAACUUCUCCUUUGGUCCAGGUGAUUCUUUAGAAUAGCUCUCCUCAGAGUGGUGACUGCUUCCAUUAGAUGGCUCCGCCCACUCAACACCAGGACUCCACGUUUACUGUGGUAGGGAAAGAAGAGACUGCAGAUCGCACAGGGGCUCUCCCCUGCCUGAGCCCCAGAGUGGCAUGUUAUCUCCUGCCCCGCUCACAUCACUUUAACCAGGGAUUGGCAGAGGACCUGGGGAGCAUAGUCCUCUGUGUUUAGGGCUGGCUUCACGGGCACAUGACCUGUGCUAUUGCACAGGGCCCAUCUUUUGAAGGGCCCCACUCUUGGUUUAAUGCUCUGCUGUUGCCAUCUUAAAGUUCUUUGAAUAAAGGUGUCCACAUUUUCAUUUUUGCACUGGGCCCCACACAGUACGUAGUUGGCCCAGCUUGUACUCCCAGGAAAGACGGGGACAUAGCACAUAUCGAAGGGCACUGGUGCCUCCCACUGAUCUCUGCACCUCCUGACCCCAGGAACUCAGAAAUCUUAAGAACCCUCAUCUCACAUGCCCAACCCCAGGAAUUUUUACUCCUCUGCUUUCUCAUUUUUGAUAAAAGUUAGUCUUGUGCUACAAAAUACUAUGUUACCAUCGAUGUAAGUCUUUAUAUAAUUUACACAUUUCUUAGGUUUGAGGCUUCAGUUUUCAGAA